UUGAGAAGCCUUCUGCACACCCUUAGCAAAAUCACUGUGUUUCAAAACGAGUUUCUCUCUCACCCACCAAAAUAUCAAACGAAAAAUCUUCAAUCUCUCCUCACUUUUAAAACUAUUUUUAAUUAAAUUCUCGUGAUAAAAUCUCUCACAAGGUUUAUUUAUUUUUGAUUCUCCAGUAAUCUCUUCUCAAACUUUUCAAGUUUUAAUCCCUUUCUUUUCGCUAUUUUUCAUUUUGAUGCGAAUAUAGAGAAUAAAAAAAAAAAGAGUAUUGAUGGAGGAAUACAUGGAUCUUCGACCACUGAAGUACACAGAGCACAAAACAUCAGUCACUAAAUAUCUCCCCGGCGAAACUCGACCUGACUCUGUGAGAAUCGUUCGUGUCUCUAUGACCGAUCCUUACGCAACCGAUUCAUCAAGUGGCGAAGAAGAAGACUUCCUCUUCCCUCGCCGACGAGUCAAGAGGUUCGUUAACGAGAUCAAAGUCGAGCCAGGCUGCAACAACAUCAACAUCUCCGGCGUUUCCAUGAAGGAAAGGAAGAGACUCUCCGACGAAACUCAAUCUCCGGCGGCUUCGAACCGUCACCGUUCUCUCAAAGUCUCAGUCUCCUCCGGCCAAAAUGGGAGGAAGUUCCGCGGCGUUAGACAACGGCCGUGGGGGAAAUGGGCGGCGGAGAUUCGAGAUCCGGAGCAGCGCCGGAGGAUUUGGCUUGGUACUUUUGAGACGGCGGAGGAAGCUGCUGUGGUUUAUGAUAACGCUGCUAUUAGACUCCGUGGACCGGACGCUUUAACCAAUUUCUCGGUACCGCCUCAAUCUCAAGAAGAUGAAUCAGAACCGGAACAACCGGUUAUUGAUAAACCGGAAAGCAUCAUUACAACAACAACAACAACAUCAAGUUCUGAAUCAACCGAAGAUUUUCAGCAUAUUUCGUCUCCUACAUCCGUUCUCAAUCUCCAGUCAUCCGACGAAAUGCAACAAAUACCGCAGCCGUUUAAAUCGGGUAAACCGGAACCGGAGAGUUCAGAUGCACCAUGGUGGCAUACCCGGUUUAGUACCGGUUCAAGUGAAUCCGAUGAUUCGUUUCCAUUGGAUACCUCAUUUCUGGACAACUAUUUCAACGAAUCUCCACCGGAGACUUCGAUAUUCGAUCAACCAGUGAGUCAAGUAUUUUCAGGAAAUGAUGAUAUCUUUGGUGAUAUGUUCUUGGGUGGUCAAAGUAGUAUGAACAUUGACGAUGAGUUUACAUCUUCGAGUAUCAAAGACAUCGGCUCAAUGUUCAGUGAUUUUGAUGAUUCGUUGAUAUCAGAACUACUAUUCGUUUAAUAUCAUGAGUGAGUGAGGAGAAGCUAAGAGGAAAACCAUUAGCAAAUAUCUAUGAGGCUACUGAGAAAUUUUGAUGUUUUUUUAUUAUUUAGUCAGCUUUUAUAAAUUUAAUAAUUUAGUUUUGUCAGGAGAUUGUAAAACAGUUUUGGAGAAAUAGUGGCAAAUUGUUAAUGCAUUUUGUUCUUAUUUAUUAAUUAAAUGUGUUAUUAGUUGCA